AUGAUAGUAGCGCCUCCUACUUGGUUGAUCACUGGUGCCUCAUCCGGCCUAGGGAAAUCGCCUGCUUUGGAAGCUCUCAAGGCUGGCUAUAAAGUCAUUGGAACUACCCGCGAUAUCAUCAAUGCCGAGAUCGCCUGUCCGGAUUUCUCGGUUAAAGGCGACAUCUGGCUGGGCUUAGAUCCUAAUCAGCAGUGCUUCAUAGCCCGUCCGGCUCGAGCUACCUAUUCCGCCAGUAAAUUUGCCAUUGAAGCCACACAUGAGUCUCUUUGCCAAGAGGUCAAGACUUUUGGUAUAAAAGUCCUCAUAGUGGAACCGGGUGCGUUUCGGACGCCCUUCUGGGGCCGGAUACUGACUCCCGCCCAAUUUGAGAAUGGUGUUAGUGAGGGCUACAAGGGCACCACGGUGGAGCAGAUAGUCAAUGGAACCCGACAUAUCAUGUCCGUUCCGGACUUUGUCAAAGGAGACCCCGAUAAGGCGGCGCGGGCAAUCAUUAACGCUACCGUUGCGAGUUAUGGUUAUCUGCGUAUGCCCCUGGGAACGGACUGUGUAGUUGCACUAGAGUCCAAGAUUAGAGAUCUACAGAGAGAUCUGGAGGCUACCAGGUCAAUCGCCACGACUACCGAUAUUGAUUGA